UCAUGACCGUGGCAGGAAUUUUAAACUGACUUUUGUCCUUAUCCUAGAUGUGAUAUCUUAAUAUGUCAGAUAACAUCAAGGUAGCAGUGAGGGUUCGACCCUUACUGAAAUCAAAACGGGAAGUAACAACUUGCUGGAAAUUUCUAAAUGAGAGCAGUAUUUCCCAAUGUGACCCAAAUACGAGACGACCUGUUGGGAAUCCAUAUACCUUUGAUGAAAUUUUUGAUCAAAAAAGUUCAACCUUUGAUGUCUUCAACACAACAGCAUUACCAAUAGUUGACAGCUUUAUCAAUGGCAUAAAUGGCACCAUCUUUGCCUAUGGACAAACAGCAUCCGGGAAAACCUUCACAAUAUCCGGCACACCUGAACAACCUGGUCUCAUACCAUUAUGUGUCGACCACCUCUUCAACUCAAUCGAAAAUAAUAUGGACAACAUGGAGUUUCUAGUCCGGGUGUCCUACAUAGAACUUUACAAUGAGAAGUUCAGCGACCUCUUGGACACGACGGAUAAGUCUCUGAAAAUUCGUGAACGCCCCGAUGAAAAUCAGAUGAGUUUUGUUUACAUUGACGGAGUGUCCGAAGAGAUGAUCCAGGACAGAUCGCAAAUCCUAGAAUUGUUGAAUCUUGGCAACAAACGUCGACGCACUGGAGAGACGUUGGCAAAUAGGGACAGUUCGCGAUCCCAUUCAAUUUUCAAGAUUAUUUUAGAAAGUCGUGAACGCACAAAUGAAGAAGAUGAUGGAAUCGUUCGUGUAUCUCAUCUGAAUCUUGUCGAUCUCGCUGGCUCAGAAAGGAUCAGCCUCACAGGAGCUACAGGUGAAAGGUUCAAGGAAGGUUGCCACAUCAACCUUAGUCUGUCUGCUCUGACGUCUGUUAUUAACAAGCUUGGAACAUUGACUCCUGAUCAAAAAAAUACUGUCCACAUCCCAUUCCGUGACUCAAAACUAACAAGAAUACUGCAAAGUGCAUUGGGAGGAAACUCUAAAACAGCCAUCAUAUGCGCUAUAUCCCCUGCAUCAGCAGAUAUAGAGUUUAGUACGUCAACUCUGAAGUUUGCAACGAACGCCAAGCGCAUUGAGAACAAACCUGUUGUCAAUGAAAUCAUGUCAGAAGAGGCACUUUUGAAACGGUACAAGAAAAAGAUCGCCGUCCUUGAAAAGGAACUUGAAAAGCAAGGUAAUCCUGAUAUAGACAAUAUACGUAGUGAGAAAGAAGAUCUGCAGAAACAAUUACUCGAGAAAGAGGCCAAAGAACGGGAACAAGAAGAAAAGAUUCGCGAGCUCCGAAGCAUGAUCCUGACGAACCCGAGCUCAGUUGAGGUGUCCAAGAAGAUGAAGAAAAGCUUCAAACGCCGUGAAACCUGGUGCCCAGGUCAGUUGAAGAAGGCCGGGCUGAUGCUGCCACCGUCAACAGUUCCUGACUUUGUAAUGCCAUCAUCUGUCCCUCGAAAGCCUGCGCAGCAGAAGGUGAAACAGCGUCGUAGUAUCUAUGACCGGCCGUCGCCUCCUCCAAAGAGGUUGUAUGUAGAGUCAGAUGAUUCAGGAGACUUUAAAAGCAGCGAAUCGUUUCUGGAAGAAGUCAACUCUCUACCCUAUGAGGGUCAGUGUGUCCCCACUGGACCGGUUACACAGCGUAAAAAGCCCCAUGUUAUGUUUGAAACACCAGAACAAGAGGAAAAGCUGUCAUAUUCUAGAAAGGUUGAAGAAUUGCAGCGGGUCAUCGAAAUAUAUAAACAGAUAAUUUAUAGGCUGGGUGUGGAGGAAGAAACACAGCGUUCCAGGGCCGAAGCCUUUGAGGAGCAGGAGUGGGCCCAGCUGGAAAUGUCACUAUCACCUGACAGCCCUCCCCCUAGUGUUGUUAAUAUGAGCAUGACCGCUGGCAUUCAUAAUAUCAGCCUUACAGCAGAAAUGCAGAUUGCCGAACUUGAAGCAUUACGAGAAGAGGUCAAGAAUGUGCGGCAGUUGGAAAACGAAAUAGCAGAACGCCGAUAUCUCGAAGAGGAGAAUGAGAUUUUACGUCCUUUAGUUGACAGAGUUGAAAAAUUGUCGAAAUUGGAAUCGGAGGUCACGAUGUUACGUGAAAUUAAGAAGGAUUAUGACAGCAUCCAGAAGACGAAUUGUGAGGCGGAGAUAAUGGCUCAAAUUGCGCAAACAAAGCUGGAGAGGGUUACCAAUGAGAAGGAACUAUGUGAAGAAAAGAUUCGUGAGUAUGAAGCUGCGGCGGAGGCGCUCGGAGAUUGUGGACACACUGGAUUGGUGGCAGAGUUAGAAGCAGCGAGGAGUAACCUUGAUGCUGAGAGAUUGGCACGUAAUGAUUUGGAGUCUGAACAGCAGGCUCGUCUUGCGGAGGUUGAAAAGUUUGAAUCAGAAGUCGGAGAGUUGCGAGCGCAGUUGGCGGAACGACAAGCAGAGUUUGAAGCUGUGAAGACUGAUCUGGAUGCAGAGAGGCAGGCACGUAGCAAUCUGGAGUUGGCAAAGCUGUCAGAGGUGGAGAAGUUUGAGGCUGAGUUGGUAGAUUUGCGGUCACAGUUGGCAGAACAACACAAGAGGUUUGAUUUGGGUGAGAAAGAGUUACAGAAUUGUUUGGCCGCUGCUCAGAGUGCACUUGAAGAAGAGAAGAAGAGUCAUGAAAUGGAGGUUCAAGAUCUGCAAGCUAGGAUUGCCCCAAUGGAGGCUGAGUUAUUAGUAUUAAAUGAAAAGGUGUCUGCACUUCAGGAGUCAGAGUCUGCUUCAUCGGGAACUUUCCAGGAGCUUGCAAAUGUCAUCAAAAAGGUUACGUACCUCGAAGAGCAGAUCUGUGAACUUAGGGAUGAAAAGAAGGGUUUAGAGGAUCAGCUUGAAGAGUUAACUGGUGAGUGUGAGAGGAGUUGUAAAGCUAAGGAAGACGCUGAGAAUCUUCUGGCUACGACUGAGGAACUUGCCAAGAACCUGAAGUGUGAAAUGACAAUGUACAAAGAAAACUCUGAGCAGGAAAAGGAAAGUUUUAGAGGGGAGCUGAAACAAGUGAUGGAAGAUUUGACACGGGAUAAAGAAGCUGCUGAAAGAGUUGCAAGCAGUCGACUCUCGGAAAUUGAAGAAUUGAACCAGGUGUUAGAGACGCUCAUUUUUGAAAAACAUGCUCUGGAGUCGGCCACGGAGGAGAUGAAAGAAGAGUUGCUCAAGUUGGAGGAACGCCGGGCAGAGUUAGAAGGACUGCAUGAAAGUUUAGUGAAGCAGGUGGUGGCAUUGGAAGGUGAUAACCUUGUUUUAGAGGGCCGUGUUGAGGUGUGUGACUUGGCAGUUGCUGCCCUAGAAAAUGGAGCACUUGAACAUUCAGAAAGAGUCUUGUGUAUUGAGAAACAAGUUGCUCUUCUCAAAAGCGAAAAGUCGGAAUUGGAAAAGCAAAUUGAGGAGUUGGUUACAGGUGUUGCAGAGGAGAAAGACGCUGUCGUAGAUGCAGAGGUCAGUACGGAGCUCACAUUCCUUAAAGAACAAGUUCAGCUCCUUGAGAGUGAAAAGGAAGAAUUGAAGAAACAACUUGAAGACGUCAUUACAGGUGUGUCGAAAAGUUGUGGUAGUGUCUUGGAGGGGAAAUUGCGCAACAGUUUACAGGAACGAGUUCAAUGUUCAGAUCUUGAAAAAGCUGAGCUACAAGCACAGGUUGAGAAGUCUGUUUCUAGUGUGUCUGAGGCCUGUGAUGAGGAUGCAGAAAAGAUUGCUACUUUGGAGAACAAGUUACUUGUACUUGAGGAUGAAAAGGUUGAAUUAGAAAAGCAGGUUGAGGACUUGAUUGUGGGUGUUGCGCCACCAAAGCCAGCGGUACAUUUGGAGAGCGUCGUCUCUACUUUGGAGAACCAGAUUAAAGAUCUGAUGAGUGAAAAAGCAGACUUGGAACAGCAGGUUGAAGAUCUGAUCACUGGUGUUCCGGAGAUUUCAUCUGAGCAGGAAUUAGAUGAGCUGAAACAAAUUGUUGCGAGCUUGAAAUCUGAGAAAAUAGCUGCCAACCGUCUUAUUGAGGAGCGGCAAUCUGAGUUGGAUGAGGUGAACCAAGUCCUUGAAACGUUAAUUUGUGAGAAAGAGUCUUUGGAAAGUUCACUUGAAGAGCAGACGUUGGAGAUAGAGGAGGUGAAACAGGCCCUGGAGACAAUGAAGUUAGGUAAAGAGACAGCAGAAAGUGUGGUCCAGGAACGCGAAGCGGAGAUUGACCAGUUAGAGAAAUGGAUGAAAGAGUCAGAGAAUUCAGUGGAGGAUUGGAAACGAAAAGUUCAGGACAACGAGCUGGCUGCAGCGAAAGAACACCAGGAGUUACGAGAACUUUGCACAUUGUACCAGGGUGAGAAGGAAAGCAUGGAGAUGCAACUCGAGGAAAAUAAAAAUGUGGUGAUUGAAUUGGAAGGAAGAGUUAAUGAGUUGGAGAAGGUGGUGGAAUCAGUCAAAGAGGAGCUGGAGGUAUCUGAGCGCUGCCUGAGGGCCUUGAAAGUUGAAUGUGAGACCUCUGCUAAGGAGAAAGAAAAAGCUGAACAACUGUUGUCUGAGAGUGAGGAUCAUUUGAAAAUGGAGGUUCUACGUUGCGAAGAGUUGAAAACAGAGGUCCGACGUAUAAGUGGUGUCUUCACAUGUUCUGUGAAUCCGAGCGAGGCUGCUGAAUUUGAGCGACAGUUGGCAGAGCAGACAAGCAUGGUUGCUGAGCUGGAAUGCAGAUUGGCUGAGCAGACAACUGUGGCGGAUCAGAUAUUGGCAGAGCAUAAUCGUGAGCUUGCAGAGCUGCAGCAGAGGUUGGCAGAGCAGACGACCGAGGCUGAGCAGUUGCGGGAGACUUUAAUGAGCGUUGAAGCUGAACGCGAGGAAACUUCAGAGCAGCUGGCUGUAUUCAUGAAGGAGAAGGAGAACUUGAGCAGUGCACUCGAGACAAUCAAGACAGAGGCGGAAAUGAAGCUUUCAGAGUUGCAUUCUGAUGUAACGCAGUUGGAGGAAAAGGUCCGAAAAAGUGACGCAACAUCUGAAAUGUUACAGCAGGACUUAGAUGAAAGGAUUGCUACUAAUGCAGAACUUUCAAAUAGGCUUGAAUUCCGUGACUUUGAGUUGGAAAGGCUUCGAGUGGAUAUGGAUGACAUGAUGGCGAUGAACGCAGAUAUCACACAUGAUGAAACUGCCAUGAUGCAAAAUCUGCAAGAAAAGUCUGCAACUGUUCAGGAGCUCCAAGGUGUCCUCCACGACGGGAAACAGAAAUUUGAAUCUCUGCAGAAUACGUGCAAAGAACUGAGACAACAGCUGGAGGAAGCUAGUACCAAGAAAGAGCAGAUGAGGAAAAUGCUGUUAAAACGGCAAAAGCAGAAAUCUUCUGAAACUGUUGAGUCUGCGAUCAGCUAUGAGGAGCUCUUGGAGAAGAACCAAAGGAUGGCAGCUGAUCUAAAAGACAAAUAUGAGUUCAUUGAACGGCUCAAUGAAAAUUACGAUAGGGUUGAUGCGGAAUAUCUAGAAAAGAAUAAGGAGUUAGAAGUGGAGAAGAAAAUUACAGCUGAGCUCCGUCAGCAACUGAAGCAACUGGAAACCGGUCCCAACUCAACGCCAACAGAUGGGGCAUAUCAGGAGAUGGUUAUGCAGCUCACAGCCGAGAAAAAAUUGACGAAAAAGUUAAAUGAUCAUUUAAUCACAAAACAGGCUGUGGUUCAGGGCCUGUUAGACACCCAGGAGCAAAUGGAUGGCGAGAUAAAAGAAAUUGAAGGAGAAUUGACAGAUGAGAAGAAACGGGUUGCGAAACUGGAAGAAAAAUUGAAAGGUGCUAUGUCUACUGCAAGUGGCGGCGAUGACCAGCGAUGGGCCAAACUCUCCCGGGAAGUCGAGGAGAAAAAGAUGGAAGUCGGUGUCCUCAAAGUCCGGCUGGAAAAAGCUGAAAUGGAUUAUGAGCGAAGGCUUGAUUUGAAAGACAGAGAAGUCAAGUACCAGGAGAGUAUAGUUGCAGAAAUGAAACGAGAUCUUCGGAAAUAUUCAAAUCAGUGCAACGACACGAUUGUUGUGAGCGAACCGCAGAAAUCUGCACAGCGCCCAGUGCCAACCAUGGGGGCAGUUGGUGGCAGUGGUAUCAUCGAUUCUGUCAACAACAUGAUGCUGGCGGCUGAGAACCGAAGUCUGAAAGAUGAGUUAAAGAGCAUCAAGCGAGAAUUUGUCAAAGUAAAGAAAGAUAUGGAGGCAAAGGCACCUAAAGUGUCGGAGCCUGUCAAAGAAUGUCCCAAGUGUGUGAAGCAAGCCAAGCCUCAUAGUGAUUCUGGUCCUCGGUUGCCACUAAAAGAUGUUGCACCCUUGAAUACAAAGAAAGAAGAAGCUGAAGAAGAAGAUCCCUACGGCGGGAACUGGGCAGAAAAAUUUGCAGCAAAUCGCCGGAAACAACUUGGCAUCCCUGAAGACGAUGAUGAUCCCCCUGAAUGCACAACCUCGUGAUUCUGGGGAUGAGUGUACCGAAACGAAAUAGGACUAACUGCUUGGAACAUCAUCUCCAAGGUCAGGACUGUGGUCGGGACAUUUUCAUGAAAUUCAAAGGAUUUAUCGCAAUACAUGUAACUAUGUGAAAAUCUUGUUGUCUGAAAUUUACGCUUCCCUGCGAGUCCUCGUAUUGAACUGAUUGCUUGGAACAAUGUUUUCAAUGUCGGGACAGUGCAUUUCAUUGACUGUAAAAGUGGCAGAAUAAAUGGACUGUGCAUGUCAUGUCUGAACUUACUAUGAGAUACAGGGAGCUGGAAAGGCAAAUUAGUACUUUGGGAGAUCAAUCAUGUCCACGUUUCAAUGGAAUUGAAAAGUGUAAAUUUGUAUAAAACGCAUACAUGUAUUUGUAAUUUUAUAAUGCUGAUAAUUACAUACA